CAUCUCCGAGACCGAGCGAGCCCGUGCUGGUCGCGUUCUUCAGCGAGUGUAACGUGUGCCAGGAGCGGUUCGCCUUGCACGAGGACCUGGUGCGGCACAUGACCUGUCACUUGGUGACGCACCCCGUCGCCUGCCGCCGCUGCCCAGUGCGCUGCGCCACCUCGGCCCAGCUCUCCGACCACAUCAAACAGCACCACGUGACUCUCAAGAGACGCAGGAAACCCGCCCCGGCCAAGUUUGACCGCCGGCUGCGCUGCACCGCGUGCGGCAUCGACAGCUUCCCCAGCUUCAGCUACUUCCACGACCACCACCUGUACCACCAUCUGGCGCGGCGGCCGGAGCCGCAGGUCAUUCUGGAGCGUCCUCCAAUCGGUGCGGCGGCUGGCGCCGCCCUCAAACUCACCCUGCGCCGCAGCAGCCAGGAGCAGAACGGCCUGCCGCACCAGUUCGAGGUGAUCCCGUCGGACGGCUGCUCCUCGACCGGCUCCGACUCGGGCAUGGACUCCUCGGAGACCGCGGCGCCGCCCAGCGUACCGUCAACGCACACCGAGCCGGCCGGCCAGCUGCCCGACUGGCCGCCAGAGGCGCCACCGUCGCCGGCCGUCGACCCCCGCCGGCUGCUGACCGACAGCGGCGACGAGUCCAACGGCCUGACCAUCAACGAGGACCAGCUGUCGGCGGCCGACGAGGACUCGCGCUGGUCGGCCGGGCCGCUGGACGAGGGCGUGGCCGAGCGCCCGUCGUCCGAGAGCUCGCAGUGGCAGGAUGCGGACGACUCGAGCGGCACCGUCUCGUGCUUCGUGUGCAACGUGCCGCUGCCGGACGUGCGCUCGCUGCAGGAGCAUCUGCUGACGCACCAGAGCUCGCUGCAGUGCAGCAUGUGCCCCUUCAAGGCGAACUCCGUCAGCGACUUGAAGGCGCACAGCGUCACGUUCCACGGCAAGAUGCAGACGGGCGCGAUCGGCCGUCCGCCCAACAGUGACAUGUCCGGCCACAUGACCAGCCUGCGGCCCAUGGGCGGCCAGCCGGGCCCGAAGCGGCCGAUGCCGGGCCUGGUCGGCCACGACCCGAGCAAGCGGCCGCGACCCGGCAUUCCCAUCCAGCCGGACAAGUCUGACUGCCAGGUGAUCGCCGUGCAGCGGCGCCAGCAGGGCGUGCCCGUGAUCCAGAACGUGGAGGGCAGCGCGUACGCGUCCGGCGCCGGCGGCUCGACCAUCCGUCUCAGCGACUCCAUCACGCUGAGCGUGCAGGGCGCGCAGGCGGGCGGCGGCGCCGCCUCGGCACCCGGCGCCGACGUCGCCUCCAUCCUAGCCAACCGCGGCAUCUCGAUCACCGCCGCGGCGCUGGCGCAGCACGAGAAGGCGCACCUGGGCGGGCCCAGCCAGAACCUGCGCUGCCGCGUGUGCGGCAUCGUCAUGCAGAACCUGGCGCUGCUGCAGCAGCACAUGCAGACGCGGCAUGGCUCCGCGCUGCCGCCGCCGGCGCCGGCGCGCGGCGUCUCCGAGCUGGUGGUGCCCGUGUUUGACCUCAGCCAGGUCAGCCGCGAGCAGCUGGAGGGGCUGGGCGUGCGCGGCUUCCUGCCGGUGUCGCAGGUUAACCAGCGCCAGGGCCAGCUGGGGCUGCCCAUCAUCAGCCUGCAAGGACUGGGCAAGACGGGGCCCAGCCCGCGGCCCGUGGCCUUCUUUAACCUGGGACCGGUGCGGCCGCUGCGGUAGCCGCCCAGCCGCCGCCGCCGCCGCCGCCGCCGCUGCCGGCUUCUGUUAGUUGUGUUGUAACCAUGUGACGAGAGGCGAACCGGGGCGAUAGGGCCGGCAUGGAAAGACGUGCGCCCCUCGCUCCCGGGCGGCCAAGAGCUUGCUCGGAGGAACGCGCACGUGCGGCACGCACACCGUGACAGGGUAGACAGUUUUAACUGGUGAUCAUUUGUGGUCGGAGCUGCCGCACGCUGGCGCCGCAGCCUACCCCCGCCAACGACCGCAGAUGACUCGUGGUGUCUGGACGAUCUCCGCCGGUGUGGUGGAUGUACAUAUGUUACAUGAUGAGAUACAUUUCGUUGCAAUGCUUUUUAUUAUUGUUGUGUUGAAGCGAAUGGAAGUUAUUUGGUAGUCAAGAUAAACGUUUGUGCUGUCGAGAGAAUGCCUUUUUUGUCCUGCAGCGUGGGCCGACAGUAUUUUUAUACCAAAUCACGUUUUGUAACCAGUUUGAUGUUAUUCGUUUCACGUCAUGGGUUGUGCGAGAGUACUGUUGUGUGUGUCGCAAAUAUAGCGCUAGCUGUAAAGCCACAGUUCGCCGCCCUGCGCCUAGUUCACCUGCAGAGGCGUAUUCAGGGGGACACACCCUGUUGCCCUGUAAGUUGUGAAAAUCACUAUGAAAGCGAUUUUUAUAUGCAUCUGUAGUGGGCUCAAUUUUUUAGUUUCCUUCACUUUGUACCAUUCAUGAUCAGCCUGCUGCACUCCGCCAGUUUGUGAACAAACUUUACGUCAUCUAGCAUGAGAAGCGCUUGUGUCUCUGCGACCACCUAUGUUAUGCAUCUGCGUGUGUGAUCAUCAGAAAUAUGUUUGUUACACUCGCAGGAUUCUGUUAUUUGUGUGAUUCUGUUAU